AAUCUUUCGAGCUCGUAUCUAAUUACGAACAACAAACUUCCAGAUUAUUCCUCAUGUUACACCAUCAUCCGACCGAACCAGCACAAUGGAUUCCAUCCAGAUGAUAGCCCACAUCGAGAAAUCCCUGGAUUAUUCGAUAUUCGACGUGAAAUGGAUCCCCUGCUCGGCCAAGUUCGUCGUGGUUGGAUCCAAACCGAAAGGAAACGGAAUCCUGCAGAUCUACGAACUGAACCGCGGUGAGUUGGACAAAGUCAUAGAGGUUGAGAAGCCAAAGUCAUUCAAAUGUUGUUCAUUCGGAGCGUCCCGGUUGCGUGAAACGCAGCUGGCAACGGGAGAUUUUGUGGGGAAGUUGGCAAUCUACGAUGUGGAACGUUUGGAACAGCCGGUGUAUGAAGUGGCGGAGGCCCAUACCGGAAUUAUCAACGCAAUGGAUGCCAUUGGAGGUACGACGAUAAACUGCGGUGCGCCGGAGAUUGUGACUGGCGGCAGAGACGGAUCAGUGAAAGUUUGGGAUCCGAGACAAAACGAUUCUCCGGCAGCUCACGUUAGUGCCGCUGGGGAUGGCCCUGCUGAUAAAAGGGACUGCUGGGCUGUAGGAUUUGGCAAUUCGUACAAUUCCGUUGAACGGUCGGUGGUGGCCGGUUAUGACAACGGCGACGUUAAGCUGAUUGACUUGCGUGCAAUGAAAGAACGGUGGUCUGCCAAUGUGAAGAAUGGAGUUUGUGGAGUUGAGUUCGAUCGAAAAGACAUCAAUAUGAACAAGUUGGUCGUCAGCACGCUGGAAGGUGGAUUGCACGUGUUUGAUAUGCGAACCCAACACCCUGAGAAAGGAUUCGCUCAGCUGACGGAGAAGGAGGCAGGACAGUCGUUGGGUAGCAAUGGAGUUAUCAGUGGAUCCAAAUCGACCGUUUGGACUGUGAAGCAUUUGCCUCAAAAUCGAGACAUUUUUGCUUCCUGUGGAGGUGCCGGUAAUAUUCGAUUGUGGAUUUAUCACUAUCCGGAAAAACGCACCAAGACAACGGCUAGCGGUGAAGAUCAAGGAGUCGUUGGUACGUUGGAAAUGCUGAACGCCACCACUGUUUCAACUCAACCGGUCAACGCAUUCGAUUGGAGUCCCGAUCGGCAGGGUUUGGCAGUGUGCGGAGCUUUUGAUCAAACUGUUCGAGUUUUAGUUUCAACUAAUUUACACUUGCAUUAGUAUGUUUCCGUAUUUACUAAAUAAAAUAAUUAUU